AUGACAUCGUUAAGUGUAGCUUUAAGUUUUCUUUCGCAUAUGGGUUUUUCACAUUCGAAUGCUAAUGAUUUAAUGAACAAAUUGAAUAAUAAUAUGUCACGUCUAAUGAUUUGUUCAAAUCGAGAACUUACUCAAUAUGAUCUUUCGCUUGAUAUGCGUCUUCGUUUGUUACGUGCUAUACGUUGUUUUCAUAUGGAAAAAUGGUCAAAAUAUUUAAUGAAUAAUUUUCAUAAUGAUAAAAAUCUCAGUCAUGUAAAUUCCAGUCAUUAUGCUUUUGAAAAGUUAAUUUAUCAUUUAGUAAAAUAUCACAUUUGGAUUAUUUAUUCAUCAUGGACAUUAGUUUACAUUCGAAAUAAUUUAAUAAUUACAAAAGAUGUUGAUCAAGAACAUAUUCGAUUACUUUAUGAAAAAAUUCAGCGAUUAAAAAACGCAAUCGUUAAAUUAAAACAGAUUAUUGCUUUGAUUAGAAAACAUUUAUCGUAA